AUGAACGAUAUAGACUGUACGCCAGAGCAGAAACUUAAGGGCACAAUCUCUUUGCUUCGCGACGUGGCAUAUCAGUGGUGGUUAUCAGUAGAGGAGGGUACUCAGUCUGAUUGUUUGAACUGGGACUUCUUCAAGACUGCCUUUCAAGGAAAGAAUGUGGGGGCAAGCUAUGUGGAUACUCGUAGGUAUGAGUUCAUGAAUCUCACGCAAGGUGAUAGAUAUGUGGCCGAGUAUGAGGUCGAGUUUCUGAGGUUGGGUCGCUAUGCUCAAGGCAUGGUGGCAUCUGAGUACGAGAAAUGUGUUUGCUUUGAGAACGGUCUGAGGGAUAGUUUGAAGGUUCUGAUUGCUCCACAAAGGGAGCGAGAGUUCGCAGUUCUGGUUGAUAAGGUGAAGAUCGCUGAAGAGGUUAAACGUGUGGAGCGCCAGAAUAGGGACCGUGAGAGAGGCAAGAAUAAAUGGGAUUCAGAGCCCUCUAGUUCAGUUCAGAGGCCUCAGAAAUGGGCAAGACCUAAUGGGCCUGUUAGAGUGGGGUUCUUGUUGCUCCUACUGGGAUUCAGCCAUGUAGUGACUGUGGUAGGCCUCAUCCGGGCGAAUGUUGGAGGAGGCUGUGGACAGAGAGCACUAGGAAGAGGUACUAGUCAGACUGAGGCAAGACAGCCUGCAAUAUUUUAUGCUACUCAACGUCGAGAGGAUAGAGACACUCCUGAUGUUAUCAUGGGUACAUUCUCUAUUUUUGAUGUACCCUAUACUGCUUUUAUAGACAUAGGUUCUACAUACUCCUAUGUAGGUAGUAUUGUUUCUGAAAACCUGAGGAUUUCUGUUGAGAGCACUUCUAAGGUGCAAUGGGUUGUAUUUCUGGAAAAUUUGAUGGAGUUACCAUUUGGGGAGUUUGAUUUGAUUCUGUAUAUGGAUUGGUUGGUUGAGCAUCGAUUCGAUUUGGAUUGCGCGACUAAGAGGGUCGUUCUGAGGACUGAGGAUGAUAAGGAGGUGGUUGCGAUCGGUAAGCGUCGAGAUUAUAUGUUCAAUGUGAUCUCCGCUCUUGUGGCUAAGAAACUGGUUCAAAAAGGGUGUGAGGUGUAUUUGGCCUACGUUAGUAUUUCUAUUUCUUGGGACUCUUCUAUCAGGGAUAUCAGAAAAGUGAGGGAUUUUUUGAAAGUCAUUCCUAAGGAGUUAUCGGGUUUACCUCUGAAUCGAGAAGUUGAGUUCGGCAUUGAGCUUCUACCGGGUAUAGCUCUGGUGUUUAUUGCUCCAUACCAUAUGGCAUCGAAGGAGCUUACAAAGCUUAAGGCUCAACUUCAAGAGCUUCUGGAUCGUCGUUUCAUCUGUCCUAGUGUGUCUCUGUAG